UCGAGACGCUUUUACAUAUCUCCUCAGCGAGCUGUUUGUCUUCCGCAUCGAUCACAUCGGACGCCUACUGAUCUACGUAAUUGGCCGCGAUGCACAAAACCUCUCCGAUAGACAAGCGCCGGAAGUUCAAUCCGGAUGCCUCGCUUGUGCUGGUGGGCAUCCGGGGAUGCGGGAAACGGUCUUUGGGAUUCGUCGCUGCCACUGCGUUGAAGCGGCGCUUUAUUACGGAAGACCAUUAUUUCAAGGAGAUGACCGGUCACACCAGACAUGAGUUUCUGAAGCGCUUUGGGAGCCAAGAAUUUCAGCAACGCGAUAUUGAAAUCCUCAAGUCAAUGCUUGACAACCAUCGCUCAUGCUGUGUGAUUGAAUGCGGCCUAGGAAGUCUUACUCGCCCUGUUCAAGAACACCUGCGUCGAUAUUCUGCGACCAAUCCUAUCGUAUACCUAAUACGUGACAUGGAUCGCAUACAGAGCCUACUAGGCCUAGAGGACCAGUCCGUCAAACUACUUUGCGAGGGCGAUCCUCUACACAGAACUUGUUCCAAUUUCGAAUUCUAUAAUGUUGAAGAUUGCUCCAGCAUAUCGGCACAGACAGACGAGGGAUCUCCGGAUAGACGCUGCGUCGAUUAUUCUUUCAAACUGAAGGAGGCGAAAGAGGACUUCACCCGCUUCGUACGUUUCGUGACCGGCACAGAUGUAGGACAUACUAGUUACGACUCGCCUUUUGUCCUGCUUGAAACCCCACCAGAACUUCGGUCCUUCACCCAUGCGGUAUUUGUGCGAUCCUCGGACCUCGCGGAAGGAAUUGUCAAGUUGCCAGAGCUUGAGUCAGGCGGUGAUGCAAUUGAACUCUGUGUUGACCGCUGGGGCCCGGGAUUAACAGCAACCUUGAGCAAGCAGGUUGCUUUGCUCCGGAGGAAUGCUCGCACGCCCAUCAUAAUUUCGAUAGACAAAUCUCCUACAGGCAUCGCCAAGGAAGAUAUGUCUCCCGCGCAGGUGAACAGCUCAUAUUUUGCGAUUGUGGAACAUGCCCUACGACUGGCAGUCGAAUAUUUGGCAGUAGACUUAGGCCAGGAACAUGCUCGAGUGCAGGAGGCAAUUCGCACCAGGGGAAAUACCAAAAUCAUUGGGCAACGCAUAUUUGAACCGUCUGCCCUGGAGACCUGGGAGAGCGAAGAAUGCUUUUCCCUUUAUCUCGAGGCCGAGAAGCUGGGGUGCCAGCUCGUCCGUUUCCUUCGGGUAGCUACAGCGCGUGAAGACAACGCAGCAGUUUUAAAAUUCACCAACAAGGUCCAUGCCUUGUCUGGCAAUCAUCCACCGGUAAUCGCAUACAACAUUGGUAGUCUUGGGCGGACCUCUCAAGUGUUCAAUUCCAUCCUCACCUCUGUGACCCACCCAGCGAUUGAACGAACCACCGAUAACGGACGGGACCCUCAGAUCACAUCUCGUGAUGCAGUUCAGGCUUUGUUUCAAAGUUAUGUGCUAGACCCACUCCAAUUCUUUAUUCUCGGAGGCAAUGUCGCGUACAGUCUUUCCCCAGCGAUGCAUAAUGCCGCCUUCCGCCAUUGUGGCAUGAGCCAUACCUAUACGAUACCAGAAUCACCCUCGCUGGCGAUCAUGGACCGGCUGGGCAGGGACUCCCAUUUUGGAGGUUCGAGUGUGGUCCAGCCGUGGAGGGUACAGCUGUCCCAUAAGCUUGCUGCGAAGAGUCGCCACGUUGAGGCGAUAGGUGCGAUCAACACAAUCGUGCCACUUCGGGCGCGUGCCGAUGGGUCCAUGUUUCCUCUGCAAGAGCAGGCGAGUCGUCGUAACCAGGCCGGACCUGUCCUAGGAUGGUACGGUGAGAACACGGAUUGGGUUGGCAUCAUGACCUGCAUCAACCGUAAUCUCUCGCCACGCAAUGCCAUCAGUCCAUCAAAGACUACAGGGCUGGUGAUAGGAGCGGGCGGGAUGGCUCGCGCCGCCGUCUACGCCAUGCUCCGGCUCGGAUGCCGUAAGAUUUUCAUAUACAACAGAACCUUGUCACGAGCGGAGAGUGUAGCGCUCCAUUUCAAUUCAUGGGCUGCAUCGCAAGUGGAGUCAACUGAAGUUGUGUAUGUGCUCAAGUCCUUGAAGGAUGAAUGGCCUGCCGAUGCCUGCCCCCCUUGUAUGAUCGCAUCCUGUGUGCCUGCGGACCGGGAUGGGGACGAGCCCCCGGCCAACUUCGAAAUGCCUAUGCAGUGGUUGGGAAGCCCAACUGGCGGCGUGGUUCUUGAGUUCGCUUACAAGCCCCUGGACACGCCGCUGCUGCGCCAGAUGCGUCGCAUCCGGAGUGAAACCGGGCGCCCCUGGGUGUUGGUUGAUGGGCUUGACAACGUGGUUGAGCAAGCGAUACCGCAGUUUGAGCUCAUGACGGGACGGAAAGCGCCGCGCCGCCUAAUGUUUUCCGAAGCCCUUCGCAACUAUGAGGGCGACGACGGGCGAUUUGACGAAAAAACGAUCCAAGCCAGGCUUGACCACGUUCGGUAGCAAGCCCAGGCAUGCCUGUUAACAAGUGUCGCUGUAUUGAGACCGAUUCAUUCAAACAUUGAUGUCCAAAGAAUGGGAUGCGAUCGGCCAUGAAGGCCCAGCCCACCUGGGUCAGGUUUCAGAGCCCUCUACGAACCCUUCUGUCGGGUCUCAGGGCGUUUUUCGUGUCGGGGCUGUCGAGGGUACUAUGGAUACGUUGAAUCAUAUUUAGAUCCUCCACGAUAGCAGAGGUGUAUAGCACCUUCACGUGAAGCGUGGAAUGGAUACGGCAGUGCAAUUUUAUUGGGAGCCGGUUCAUCC